CCCUGCUUCCCAAAUCCGCCAAAAACUAUUCCCAUUCUCUCUCUGAAACGCUAUUCUCAUACAAAAAUCCGCCAAAACGGCUCUUUCGGCUUUUGAACAUGCGAAAGAAAAAGUUUCAAAAGAAUCUUGAGUCUUCAAAGGCUAGUUCUGCUCCUCAUGAAUUGUUGGCGACUCAUUGUUAUGAAGGAGAAGGUCUUGCUGCCCUUUUGAAAAGACUUGAGAGGGAGGUAGAAUCGGCAAAACUUUCAAAGGGAACACUGCCAGAGAAAAUAUGGAUCAAGCAACAAUUUUCCAUUGGGGUAAAUGAUAUUACUCGUGUACUGGAGAGAAUGGCUAGUGCUGAGGUAGAAAGUUCUGCUCAAGAAUCUACUGCCGUCAGGAGUGGUCGUAAAGCUCCUUUAGUUCCACUUCAGGCCGUGCUCUUAGCUUCUGAUUGCAACCCACGAUGGCUGACAAAGCAUCUUCCGGGGUUGGCAUCCUCGAGGGGAGUACCACUCAUCUUUGUCAAAGACAAGAAAGGAGGUUCCCUAAGAUUAGGAGAACUUGUGAAGCUGAAAACAGCCAUAGCCAUAGGAGUAAAGGCUAAAGGAAGUGGGAUCAACAAAGCCAUUGAGGAAGUUCUUCGAGACAAGGAAUCAAGUAGAGCUGUUGAAUUGUAAGAUAUUGUGUUAGAUUACCUGCUAAAAAGAGUAGAGCAUAGAAAUUUUGAGGGAGGGAGAGAGGGAGGGAGGGAGGCAUGGGUCUGAAUUUUGUCAUUCAAGAUGAAAGAGUAUGCAACUUGAGCUGUAAUUCAAUAGCAAAGGUCACGUAAGAGCAGAUAUCAUCAUGAAUUUCCAAGCCCCUUUGUUUUGGUUUGUACCGCAUGGCUACCUUUUGAUGGUUGUUGGAUGGAUGGCGAGCUCUGAACCAUUACUGGAUGAUAGAAUCCUUUGGUUUUGGAUAUUCA